AUGGAUCCAGUUCUCGAUUGGAAUGAUGUUAUUAUACAGGCUAUUGCUAAUGAUUACGAUCCUGAGAUAACUUCGCGUUUGGAUCAAGCCGGUGCCCAAUUUGUAUCACGCGCUCUAGCGAUUUUUCAUGGCGCCAUAUAUGAGGCAAUGGUUGUCUUUAAUCAGCGUUAUAAACCAGUAUUCAUAAUUGAGAAUCUACCGAAGGCGAAACAUGGUCCGAAAGAGCCAACUAUGAUAGUAGCUAUUAUGGAAGCCGCGUAUCAAACAUUGUAUGCUUUGUAUCCGAAACAGAGGACGAUGUUCGAUGCGAUCCGUACAGCCUAUUUGAAUGGAAUUCAAGAAAUUACCCGAAAAACUAAUACAAUUAAUAUAGGCAUUGCCAUUGGACAGAUGAUAGCAAGCACAAUUCUGAAGGAAAGAGCAAACGAUGGUAGUAACGUAACUGUAGCUUACAUACCAAAUAAAGAACUGGGUUAUCAUAUAGAAGACCCGACUCGUCCAACACAGGGAUUUAACAAUCCUCAAUGGGGUAGUGUUAAGCCAUUUAUCUUACGUUCUGUAUUACCAUUUCGUGCUGCGAACAUUGUCGGUGAGUCGCCUUCUUCGCGUCUAGAAUUUUUAAAUUCAACCGAAUAUAUCAAUGCUUAUGAACUAUUGAAAUCGAUUGGAUCAAGGUUAAGUACAACUCGAACUGCUGAGCAAACACAAAUCGCUAACUUUUGGGGCUAUGAUGGUGGGCCAAAAAUUGGACCUGCUCCACGUCUCCUCAAUCAAGUGGUCCGAGUGAUUGCUAUCCAGAUGAAAAAUACAUUAGUAGAAAAUGCACACUUAUUUGCAUUGAUCAACUAUGUAUUAGCAGAUACACGUAUCAGUACAUUCAAUACGAAAUAUCACUACGCUUUCUGGCGUCCUAUAGUUGCUAUUCGUAAGGGAGCACCGCGCACUCCGGCAGAUUCCAAUUGGACACCAUUGGGAGCGCCUGCAGAUGGUAAUGGUGAUAAUUUCACUCCAGCUCAUCCUUCGUAUACAUCAGGCCAUGUAUCAUCAGCAUCGGGUACUUUCGAAAUCCUUCGUCGCUUCUAUAGAAGAGAUAAGAUAUUAUUUGCACUUCAAUCAGAUGAAUACAAUGGAAAAACAAAUGAUUCAAUUACAGGCACAGUACGACCAGCAAUAACACGAUACUACCAAUCGUUUAAGCAAGCAGAAAUGGAGACCUACUUUGCUAGAAUAUACCUGGGCAUUCAUUGGCCAUUCGACCAACGUCAUUCACAAAUUGCAGCCCACAAAAUCGCAUCCUGCAUUUACAAUAAAUUAUCUUAA